AGUGAUGUGCCGGAUCGUCAAAAAUGUAUAUCCGCGGAUACGGAUCUGAAUACGGAUAUUUAGUGUAAAGAUCCGCGGAUACGGAUACGGAUACGGAUCUUUAUUUUCUUAUUCGAUUUUAUUCGAUUGGUGUCGGCGCCCGCGACCUUGAAACGAUAGUUGACAUCUUCGCUCGCCGCAACGUCAGGCAGGACAAGACAGGACACGUUUUAACUUGCAUUGCGCGGGUAAUACUUUUGUUUUGGUUAUGGUUUAGUGUGACACUGUGCCGCGUACAUAACGUUUGUGUAUUAUUGUGAUAAAAAUUGAAAAUAAUGUCUACCAAGAAGUUUUCUAGUGUAAUUUGGAAAUAUUUUCUGAUAGUAAAUGAUGAAUGUGCGAAGUGUAAAAUUUGUGAUGGAAAGUAUUCGCGGAAGGGUAAAGGCACAACUUCUUUAAAAAAUCAUUUACAAAGAAAACAUCCCGAAGAAUAUGAUUUAUUUUUGAAAGAAGACGCCGCUAAGAAGCGUACCGAUGAACUACCACGGCCGGGAACAUCUUUGCAAACGGUAAAAAGAGAAUUUAAACAAACUUUUUUUGAUGAAUAUAUGGAAAAAACUAGAAUGUGGGAUAAUACAAAUCCCAAGUCAAUCAAAAUUGACUAUUUGAUUGCUGAAAUGUUGGCUUUAUCAGAUUUGCCUUUUCAACAUGUAGAACAAUUAGGGUUUCGACGAUUGAUGGAUCAUAUUGUUCCAAACUAUGUUCUCAAAGGCAGAAAAUAUUUUACGGAACUUGUUUGCAGCGAGCUUUACGAUAAAGUGUCAUCAAAAAUAAAAAACAUGUUACAAGAUUUUGAUAAAGUCUCCUUCACAUCAGAUAUCUGGUCAGAUUCGUCAUCAGGAGUGUCAUUGUUAUCUUUAACAUGUCAUGGUAUUACUGAAGACUUUCAACGAAAAAAUAUCGUUUUGAAAGCGAAUGUUCUUGAAGAACGUCACACUGGUGAUUAUAUUUCAGAAAUAUUUCAAAGUAUGUUAAAUGAAUGGGGAAUUCAGAAACAAAAUGUGCACUGUAUGGUACGAGAUGGGGGAUCCAAUAUGAAGCGCGCCUGUUCUUUGUCUGAAAUACAUAAUAUCGACUGUACAGCACAUCAAUUACAUUUGGUGGUUAAAGAGGCUAUCAAAAAGGUUGAUACAAUCUCCGUGUUACUCGCAAAAUGUAGGAAAAUUGCAGGACAUUUCAACCAUUCCACAAUGGCAAAACAAGAACUGGAAAAAAUACAGGUUCGACUCAAUCAAAAAGUUUUAAAAGUUUUGCAAGACUCACCGACACGCUGGAAUUCCAGCUAUCAUAUGUUGGAAAGACUUGAUUGCAUCAAAGAUUCCCUGUCGCUUUAUGCUUCGAAUAACAAAAUAGAUCAAUUUAAUGCUGAUGACUGGACUUUGAUUCAAGACUUAGUAAAAGUGCUGAAGCCUCUAGACGAUAUUACAAAAACAUUGAGCUCACAGAACUCUUGUAUAUCCGACGUUAUUCCUCUAGUACGAGCAUUGAAUAAAAUUUAUGAUGAAAUCCAGGAAAGUCUCAAUAUCAGUGUACCAUCUGUUCUGGAUUUUGUGUCUGCUUUAAAAAAUGAAUUAGAUUAUCGAUUUUCAGAAGUUGAUAAAAAUAUUUUGUUUCAAGUAGCCACAUUUUUAGACCCACGGUACAAAAGUAAAUUCUUUAGCGAUAUUCUCAUAAAACAAAUAAAAGAGAAACUACGUGCAGAUUUAGAAACUGAACAAAGUCUCACAGCAACUACAAGUACUGGAGUCAAACAAAUUAUUGUUAGAAAAGAACAUUCCCAGAGUUUACAGGACUCUAUUGCUAAUAUGUUAGAUAGUGAUGAUGACGCUGAGCAAUCCGAAAAUCAAAUAUCAGAUGCAAAAGCUAACUUGCUCGCAGAAUAUAUGUCAGAAAAAAGAUUACCUAGAGAUCAAGACCAGUUAAAGUAUUGGCAGAUUAACAAUAAAAGGUUUGGGUGUCUCAGUUCCAUUGCUCGCACAUAUUUAUCAUCACCUGCAACAAGCGUUCCAAGUGAACAAUUUUUUAGUGCAGCAGGUAUUGUAUAUGAUCCUCAUCGUAACAGACUUUUGGGGGACAAAGCUGCGAAGUUGCUUUUUUUGAAAUACAAUUUACCAUUACUUAAUUUCAAUUAUGAUAAAUAAUUUUUUCAAGCUUUUUUAGUUUUGCCUGUCUUUACUCAUGUAAGCUAAUGGUUCAACUUUAUGUGAGAUACAGUAUUAAUUUACUUUAUUAGAAUUAUCAUUUAAUUAGAAUGUGUUUCGCCAUUAUCUCAUACUUACAAAAGUGAUUUUAUAUUAAUCUCAUAAUUAUAAAAAUGGAAGUUUAAGUUUUAGUUUUUUUUCAAUGACAAAGUGCUCAUGAUGAUAGAAUUAUAUUAUAUAUAUAUAUAUUAAUUAAAUAUUCCUGUUAUUAUAUAAAAGAGAA